AUGCCAGGGAAAGACGAUAAACCCUGUAGGGUAUGUACCGAUUUCCGUACCUGGGCUAAGCAAGAGAAGAAGAAAUACUCCACACAAUCUUCACAAGAAACCAACACUGCUGACACAACUAAAUCGCAAAUAAGAGAAUGUCCACCUGAUGUCAAGCAGCUUGGAAGAGCGACAUGGACAUUUCUCCAUACAAUGGCAGCAUACUAUCCUGAUCAUCCCUCAAACCAAGAACAGCGCUUGAUGCGAUCGUUUCUAUCAUCAUUUUCAAGAUUCUACCCUUGUGGACAUUGUGCCGAACAUUUGCAAGAAGAAAUCAAAAAGUGGCCACCGAGAGUGGAAAGCAGACAACAGUUGGGAAUGUGGAUGUGCGAAAUGCAUAAUAAGGUUAACAAGAUGUUGGGAAAAGACCCUUUUGAUUGUAAUAAAAUCGAUGAGAGAUGGAGGGAUGGACCCAUCGACGGGAGUUGCGAUUGA